AUGCAUGUAUUAAAAUUUAUUUUUUUAACUACUAUUUUUAGCUAUAUGCAUUUAACUACAAAUGGAGCUAAAUUAAAAUGUUAUGGAUUUUUUGGCCUUAGGCCACCAUGCUUUCUUUAUAUUGAUAUAAUAAUUGAUAAAUUUUUUUAUAAAACUGAUAAAAUCUUACCAAAAGAUGUUUUAUUAAAAUUAAAUAAAAUAUAUAGUCAUAAAAAAUAUUAUUAUACUAACAUGGUUAAGGAAUUAAAUGAUUAUAUUAUGGGUAGAUAUAAUCAACUUUGGAUGAAACAAAUUUGUCGUCAAUAUUGUGUCAGAUACAGGUAUGAAACGUAUAUUACUUUCUUCACAAACAAUCCUAUUACACAAUAUGAAAAAGAUCUUUUCAACUUAGUUUACAGAAGACGAAAACCUAGAAUACUUUGUUUCAAAGGUUCAUGUAAAAUACAAUGA